GAAAUCACCCGAUUGCUGGAGAUUUGGGAGAGACAAUAAAAUCCGUGGGAGCGCUCUCUUUCGGCUCAGACUGGCUCCGACCGAGCAUUGCAAGUGAUCAUUUUGUAUUUGUUACUCCCGUCACCUGUCGAAUUUGUUAUUUACGCCGAUUGAAACGAAAACAAGCAGCAGUAUGUGUGGAAUUUUUGCCUAUUUGAACCACUUGACCCCGAAGACGAGACAGGAGAUUCUGCUGCUUCUAGUGGGAGGACUGAAGCGGUUGGAGUACAGAGGAUAUGACUCUGCAGGAGUGGCUCUGGACUCUCCUAAUGGCGAGGAUAUUGCCAUCGUGAAGAAACAGGGAAAGGUCAAAGCGCUUGAGGAUGAAAUUUUCAGUCAAACAAAUCUUGACCUCGAAAAUACCACUGAUUCCCACGUGGGUAUCGCCCAUACCCGUUGGGCGACCCACGGGGUACCAUCUGCCGUGAAUGCCCAUCCUCAAAGAUCCGAUCCUGAUCACGGAUUCGUAGUUGUGCACAACGGGAUUGUUACGAAUUACAAAGAAGUGAAGACACUUUUGCAGCAGAGGGGAUACGUUUUCGAAAGUGAAACAGAUACUGAAGUGAUUGCUAAACUUAUUCAUCAUCUCUGGACUCAACAUCCCAGUUAUUCAUUCAGAGAACUUGUUGAACAAGUUGUGCAGCAGUUGGAAGGUGCUUUUGCCCUCUGCUUUAAGAGCAAAUUCUUCCCAGGCGAAUGUGUCGCAACAAGACGAGGAUCACCCCUGCUGGUUGGAAUUAAAACAAAAACCCGUCUCUUCACCGAUCACGUCCCCAUUCUCUAUGGAAAAGAUGAUCUUCUGCGUGAAACCAAAGAGGGUGAAGCUACUACCCAAGCAGAUCACAGGCCUCAUGGAAGGAGCACUGAGGUACCAGUGAUGUCGCGAAGCGAUUCAACCGCUGAAUUUCAACCCCUUGUGGCUGAAGAAGUUGAGUAUUUUUUCGCAUCUGAUGCUAGUGCUGUUAUUGAGCACACUGAUCGAGUUAUCUUCCUCGAGGAUGACGAUGUAGCUGCUGUGAAACAGGGAACCCUGAGCAUUCAUCGUCUGCGUAGAUGCAUGGACGAUCCACAUGGGCGUGAAAUAACAAUUCUCAAGAUGGAAAUCCAGCAGAUCAUGAAGGGAAAUUAUCAGUACUUCAUGCAGAAAGAGAUAUUCGAACAGCCGGAGUCAGUGGUUAAUACCAUGAGGGGACGACUCAACUUCGAGAAUAAUUCAGUUACUCUCGGUGGAAUUACUGAUUACAUUCCCGAAAUAAAGAGAUGUCGUCGCCUGAUGCUGAUCGGUUGUGGUACGAGUUAUCAUUCAGCCGUAGCCACUCGUCAACUUCUUGAAGAACUCACGGAGCUUCCGGUUAUGGUGGAACUCGCGUCUGACUUUCUCGACAGGAACACCCCAGUCUUCAGGGAUGACGUCUGUUUCUUUAUCUCCCAGUCUGGGGAGACAGCUGAUACUCUUAUGGCACUUCGGUACUGCAAAGGACGUGGGGCACUCAUCGUGGGUAUCACAAACACUGUAGGCAGCAGCAUUUGUCGUGAGUCACAUUGCGGUGUUCAUAUCAAUGCUGGACCUGAAAUCGGAGUUGCCAGCACUAAAGCGUACACUUCACAAUUUAUUGCGCUGGUGAUGUUUGCGUUGGUCAUGAGUGAGGACAGAAUUUCCCUUCGUCCAAGACGCCUUGAGAUUAUCGAAGGAUUGAAGAACCUGGAUAACCAAAUCCGUGAAGUUCUGAAGUUGGAUGAUAAAGUGAAGGAACUAGCGAAGUCUCUAUAUCAGAAUAAAUCCCUCUUAAUUAUGGGAAGGGGUUACAACUUUGCCACUUGCAUGGAGGGUGCCCUGAAAGUUAAGGAGUUGACUUACAUGCACAGCGAGGGGAUCAUGGCUGGGGAAUUGAAACAUGGGCCACUGGCACUCGUCGACGAUUCUAUGCCGAUAAUUAUGAUUGUUAUGAGGGAUCCAGUGUACACGAAAUGCAUGAACGCUCUUCAACAAGUAACAGCACGUGACGGAAAGCCGAUAAUAAUCUGCGAAGUAGGUGAUAACGAAACAAAAGCCCUGGCAUCGAGUAUCCUGGAGGUGCCAAAGACUGUCGAUUGUCUCCAAGGCAUUCUAACUGUCAUCCCAAUGCAAUUACUAUCAUUUCACAUUGCUGUGCUACGUGGAUGCAACGUGGAUUGCCCCAGGAACUUGGCAAAGUCCGUAACAGUCGAGUAAAAUCCCUCAACAAUGACAUUUUCUAUUUUUCGGGAGAAAUUGAAGUCACACGACACUAAACAUCGACUCUAGAAUUAUGGAAACUAGAAUUGGGGUCGAUAAUCCUGUGAGAUUGCUAUUUUUUUACGUUCUUAUCCAAUCUAGAGAUAAGGCACUGCCGAUAGAGUGGGAAAUCAUUAUUUUUUUUCAGUGAUUACAGAGCUGAUGAGGCUGAAACAGCGAUGAUAGGACAGGAAUCUAAAUUCACCUCGAGUUUUUAUGCAAAUAUCUAGUGCAAUAAUGAGUUUAGAAGGAUUAUCGCCUGAAUGGUUUUUGAAGGAUAUGAAAUUCUCUGCAAAAGAUGUCUCGUGACAUUUUUCACAUCACCAAUUAUUGCCGAUUUAAGCGAACAAUUAUUAUCACAUAAAGGAAAGAACAAAAAACAAAUUAUAGAAUUAGUGGGACUAUUUUGUUAAUGUUUCCUCAAGUUUUGAAUUUAUUUGACAUUAUUUGACAUUAUUUGCAAAAGUAGGUAGUUCUGCGCAAAACAAUUGGGCUAUUUUUUUCUAAAUUCUUCCCCUCUAAAGAUAUUUGCAAAAAAACUGAAUGAAUAGCUCGUUUCCUCUCAUCACUCAAUGAAUAGAUCACAUUUUUUUAUUUUUAUUUUCGUUUUGUUAGUUUUAAGACUCAGUCUGUUGGAUUUUUCCAAAUUGUUACUGAAAAAUAACGAAGGAAAAGUGAAAGGAGAGACGCAUUCUCUCCCGAAAAUCUAUCGAAUUGCAUUUAUCAGGUUUGACCUACUGUAUUAUUGUUACUGCUCUGCAUGAUUAAUUGUGAUUUUAAUUAUAAAUCGGUUCCACUAGGCUUAGGAUGAUGAUAUGACGAGACGUAGAACGUGUUGUUUUAAUCAUGAAUCGUUAGAAUUAAGGGUUAUUGACGAUGUUUUAACGUGAAAUUUUUAUUUGAGAUUUGAAAUUAUUUUUGUAAUAUAACAGUGUAUAUGAUGGAAUCGUCAAGUUGAAGUUGAAUCAAAUGUUAAUAGUCAGGACGUUUACGAAAUCAAAUAACCAUUUGCAAUAGGGGUUUGAGGAGGAAUGUCAAGGAGGAAAUAGUUUAUAUAAUUGUGGUCAAUAAAUUUAUAUAAUGCUGAAA